AUGUCAUCAAUUCUUAAGCAGAGAGUAAGAUAUGCUCCAUAUUUGCAAAAAUUGAGAAAGCCUGAGGAAUGCUUAGAGUUAUUCAAGUCAGGACAAUACCUUGGAUGGUCUGGGUUUACUGGUGUUGGAGCUCCCAAAGCAAUCCCAACAGCUUUAGCUGAUCAUGUCGAAAAAAACAAGUUGCAAGGACAGCUUGCGUUUAAUUUGUUUGUUGGUGCUUCAGCAGGGCCUGAAGAAAGCAGAUGGGCUGAAAACAAUAUGAUCUUGAGGAGGGCCCCACAUCAAGUUGGAAAGCCAAUUGCCGCCGCUAUUAAUGACGGUAGAACUGAGUUUUUUGACAAGCACUUGUCUAUGUUUCCUCAAGAUUUAACUUACGGUUAUUAUACUAGGUUUAAAGAUAAUGACUUGUUAGAUUACACAAUUAUUGAAGCAACAGCUAUAACAGAAGAUGGUUCAAUUGUUCCUGGUCCUGCUGUGGGUGGUUCGCCAGAAAUGUUAUCAGUUUCUGACAAAGUCAUUAUUGAACUUAACACAGCAACCCCUUCCUUUGAAGGAAUUCACGACAUUGAUAUGCCGAUAAACCCUCCUAAUAGACCACCUCUUCCUCAUACCUCUGUUGAUUACAAGACCGGUUUAACAGCUAUUCCAAUUGAUCCGUCUAAAGUUGUUGCUAUUGUCGAAUCGAAAACGAGGGAUAAGGUGCCUCCUAACACUCCAUCUGAUGAAUGUUCACAAAAUAUUGCUGGACAUUUAAUUGAAUUUCUUGAGCAUGAGGUCAAACUCGGAAGGAUGCCUGAAAAUUUACAUCCAUUGCAAUCUGGUAUUGGUAACAUUGCUAAUGCUGUUGUUGAAGGCUUGUCCGGCUCUAACUUUAAAGGUUUAAAUGUUUGGACCGAAGUUUUACAGGAUUCAUUUUUAGAUUUUUUCGAAUCUGGUUCCUUGAACUAUGCUACCGCUACCUCAAUUAGGUUAACGGAAGCUGGAUUUGAAAAAUUUGACGAAAAUUGGGAUCUUUUCACCAAGAAACUUUGCUUAAGAUCACAAGUAACUUCAAAUUCUCCAGAAAUUAUUAGAAGAUUGGGUGUUAUUGCUAUGAACACUCCGGUUGAGGUUGAUAUUUAUGCACAUGCUAAUUCGACCAAUGUGUUAGGAUCUAGAAUGUUGCAUGGAUUGGGUGGUUCAGGUGACUUCUUGAGAAACGCUAAAUUAUCAGUGAUGCAUACCCCGUCUGCUAGACCUACUAAAAAGGACCCGACGGGUCUUUCUUGUAUUGUUCCGUUUGCAUCUCACGUUGAUCAAACGGAACAUGAUUUGGAUGUAGUGGUGACUGAACAAGGUUUGGCUGACUUAAGAGGAUUAGCACCAAAGGAGAGAGCUAUAGAGAUAAUUAAUAAGACAGCUCAUCCUGAUUAUAAAGACCAAUUGUUAGAAUACUUUGAUAGGGCAACAUUUUUCUGUAAGAAAACCAAAUCAUUGCAUGAGCCACACAUUUUGAAGGAUGCCUUCAAAAUGCACAUCAACUUCCAAGAAAAUGGUACUAUGAAAUUGAAAUCUUGGGAUCAGAAAUUUUAA